AUGGCUACCCCAAACAAGGAGGUGUCAGAGUUGCGGGCCAUGGUGGAACCGCUGGCAGCCACUGUGGCCACGCUGGCAGACCGGCUCCCUCCCCUCGCAAUGGAGGAGGUCGAUAUCCAGGAUGGUUCUGGGACAGAAAGGCCCUCCCUGUCACCGGACGGUGACAUCGACCACAGCAGCGCCACUCAGAGGGACCAGGCCCUCCGAGACGCACAGGCCUCGGUGGUCUCAUCAAUCAGUCCGCUUGUGGCCCUCCUCGAGCGUUGUGCGGACCGGGAACCCACGGCGCAGGAUGAUGUCCCCAGCGGCCAAGUGGAGAGACGGGUCAUUGCUGACCACCUGGCGGCGACCAUCUCCCACCUCGGCCGCCUCUUCACCUGCCUAGGCAAUGAACGGCGGGACAACAUCCUGGGGCGCAUUGCUCCGGACCUGCGUUCCCUCGGGUCUAAGGACCCCCAACCCGAGGACGAGGGGACGUCGCAGCUGUUUGGGCAGCGCUUCCUAGAUCAACUUCGCACCCGGAAUGAAACAUUCCGGGUGUUGAAAGAGGCCCGCCAGGAACCCACACGCCAGCCGAUGCAGGAACCGGCAGCCAAACGUCCCAGAACAGCAGGCGGCGGCCCCAGUACCUUUCGGCGCCAGCCCAUACCCUUUCCAGGGAGGCCCUUCCCGGGGGGUUUGCAGGGAAGGGCACCACCAGGCCCAAGAGGUCGAGGCAGAGUAUGACCUUAG